ACCAAACUUAAAACAAAAUCCAAAUAUUAAAAUCAAAUUCAGAAAACAAAUGUAAUUAAUAAAAUAAAUAAACCACCAUUUUCACAUAAAAUAUUCCCUUUUCUACUGGGAAUUGAGAAACUUUUACUACUAAAAUUAAAUUCCAUUUCAAGGGGUACAUUUUGUUUUAAUUUUUCUACUUACAAGCUGAAAUACAAUUUGGGCAUACAGAAAAGGUUGAAUUGAAUUGCAAAGGUUGAAUUGAAUUGCUAACUGUAAGCUUUAAUUUGUGAAUUACUCUGAAAAUAUGGAGAAUUAUCAAUUUGGGGAAGAAUUUCAGAAGUUAAUGAUUGCGCCAGAAAAUGGUAAUGGUAAUGGAAAUUCGUUUACGGCACUUUUAGGGUUACCUCCUAAUCAAGCAAUGGAGCUAUUAACUGAAGAUUCUGCUGGAAUUGGUGGAGGCGGUGAUGUGGUUAAACGACAUCGUAUUAGUGCUUUCAAUCAUUCUCUUUCUUCUCUUCCUGCUUUUCCUUCGAAUCAAGCUUUGAUUGAACGAGCUGCUAAGUACUCUGUAUUUGCUACUGAGAAAGAUUCAUUGGAGUUGAAAGUCAAAUCUGAGCCGCUGGAUAGUGGUUCUAACCCUAAUUGUUCUGAUCCGACAGGUGGUAGUGAGAGUGAGAAAGAGAAGCCAUUAAAGCGCAAGGAGAGAGAAAAGAAGGGUAAGAGUUCUGCUAAGAAGAAUAAGACGACGACGUCGGAAGAUGCAGAGAAGCUUCCGUAUGUACAUGUUCGUGCGCGGCGAGGUCAAGCUACUGAUAGCCAUAGCUUAGCUGAACGAGCAAGAAGAGAAAAAAUUAAUGCCAGAAUGAAGCUGUUGCAGGAGCUGGUGCCUGGCUGCAAUAAGCAAAUGCAGAUUUCGGGUACUGCAUUGGUGCUGGAUGAGAUAAUCAAUCAUGUGCAGUAUUUGCAACGUCAAGUAGAGUAUUUGUCAAUGAGACUUGCAGCAGUUAAUCCAAGAGUAGAUUUCAAUCUAGACAGCUUGAUUUCAAGCGGGGUUGAAUCUGCAAUGGACUGCAAUUUUCCGAAUGUGGCAAUGCCAAUAAUGUGGCCAGAAGUCCAUCUGAAUGCAGAUAGACAACAAUUUCAACAGCAAUGGCAUGCUGAUUCUUCAAGUCAUCAAGUUUGGGUUAAGGAAGAGAACCACCGUAAUUUGGUUCCAUCAGAAAAUUCACAUAUGUCCUAUGACUCACCUGCAAAUUCAGCAUCGUUGCCCUCAAGCCAGCUAAAAAUGGAACUGUGAGGCCGAAGUAAAGUAUUUGGACUUUGGAGUGUAGCGAACUUGUGUAUAUACAGCAGCAAAUAUGAUUACAUUAGAAGGUUAGCCGCGAAGUAGAGAAGAUUUUAGGCUUCAGUAUUUCAGGUUUGGGGUUUCCAUGUCUCUUCGAUAAUUCAGUAAUGGACUGGUGACCCUUGGAAUAGAUCUAGCUCGCUAGUUGAUUCUACUUAUUUACCUGUCUACAUAGACAUAUAUAUAAAUGUGUGUGUGUAAUUCAUAUAUAAUACCAGCAUGAUGUGUAAUUCAGUCCAGAAUCUGAUGUGAGACAGCUGAUUGAUUCUGCUGUCGAAGGGGUGUAUAAAUACAGUCAAUCGUCUGAAUCUGAACGUGGGUGUAUCAUCGUGUGAAUAAAGUCAAUUGUGACGCUUUCAUCUUUUUUGCGAAAAUUUAUGUGCUCCAUAAUAGACAUAAAACAGAGGCUGAAGGAUACAGCAUAUACCUAUUUUUGGUAUGGAUGUUGAUUGAAUAUUUGAUAUAUAGUUUGCCUGUAUUCUGCUUUUGCA